AUAGAACUAUCUGACAUGACUAGAUAUAAAAUCAUUAAAAAAUAUAUUUGAAAUUGUUUUAAUCGAGGCGGCGCAGGGCGUGACGUCACCAGCAAACUCCUUCCCAAUUGGUUCUUUGCUUGCAGUUUAAAAAGUAGCCCGCGAAGGCUGAGGCACGCGCAGCCGACUAGCAUCGAGCAUACUAUCAUACUAUCAUACUAUCAUACUAUCCUCUCUUUAGUAAUCACAGCAAACAUAUCCAGAGUGAGUUAGGCAUUAAUAGGACGGAAGGUGGACACUCCUAAUGCAAGCAGUCAUUGACAUAUUUCAACAUUUGUCGGUUGGUGGCUAAUGCUAACAACAACCUAACCUCGUCCUUCAUGCUAACUGAAGACAUCCGAUCAAGAUCAAGAUGAUGGAGUCUUGUUUAGCUGGGAAGCCAGAGAGAGUUGGUCCAGUGGAGGUUGAAGACAUCAAGAGAGACCUUCAGGAAGAAUUCUCUACUCUGCCAAAUAAGGAAGAUGCCAGCAUCCAGUCGGAGAACUUGCAGGUCUACCUGAGAGUUCGACCCUUUACAGCAUCUGACAAUGACGAGUCACAGGAUCAGGACUGCGUGACCCUGGAGGGACCAAACACGGUGGUCCUCAAAGCUCCCAGGACCAGUCAAUCCACCCGACAGGGCGACAAGCUCCUCCCACAAACUGCUCAAAGGUUUACCUUCACACAGGUGUUUGGGCCAGAUGCCAGUCAGAGGAGAGUCUUUGAGGGCUCAGUCCAUGGUUUGGUGCGAGAUGUUCUGCAAGGAGAAAACUGUCUGGUGUUCACUUACGGAGUCACCAACGCUGGGAAAACCUUCACCUUCCUGGGUCCUGACCAUGACAGUGGUCUGCUGCCCAGGUCUCUGUGGGCCAUCUUCAACAGCAUCCAAGGUCGUCUCUACACUCGCUGUGAUCUCAAACCUCAGCGCUGUCGAGACUUCAGCCGACUGACUCCAGAUCAGCAGACAGCUGAGAGCAGCAGCAAGAAGAACCUGCUGAGGAUGUUGAAAGAGAAUCACCUCACCUCUGCUCGCUCGACUUGUCUGGACAGCUCGUCUCUCAGCUCUGACUGCAGUGUAAACAGUGUGUGUGAGAGCAACAAGACCUUUCUGGACGUCCCAUCGAAUGUUGGCUUCUCAGUUUGGGUUUCAUUCUGUGAGAUUUACAAGGACAACAUUCAUGACCUACUGGAGCAGGUGCCUUUGAGACACGUCAAGAGGACGGUGUUGCGAGUGUCUCAGGACGUGAAAGGAAACUCCUUCAUCAAAGACCUGAAGUGGAUCCAGGUGAGCAGCUUGGAGGAGGCCUACAGGGUGAUGAAGAUUGGAAAGAAGAACCAGAGCUUCUCCUCCACCAGACUUAACCAUCUAUCCAGCAGGAGCCACAGCAUUUUCUCCAUCAGGAUCCUGCGAGUGGAGGACAGCGGCGUUCCCAGAGUCCUGGGCAUUAGCGAGCUGGCCUUGUGCGACCUGGCCGGCUCCGAGCGCUGCUCCCGCACGCACAACACAGGAGAGCGCCUGAAGGAGGCGGGAAACAUCAACAACUCCCUCUUGACACUUGGGAAGUGCAUCAACGCCAUGAGGCUCAACCAGCAGGCCAAGAUCCAGCAUCACAUUCCCUUCAGGGAAUCCAAGCUGACUCAUUUCCUGCAGUUCUUCUUCUGUGGUGCCGGCAAGGUGACCAUGGUGGUCAACAUCAACCAGAGCGCCGCCUGCGUGGACGAGACACUCAACGUCCUGAAGUUCUCCGCCCUUGCCCAGAAGGUGGUGGUGUUGAGCAGCAGCAGGCCCGUCAGCCUGGAUGCCUCCUCCCACAGGUCGGCCAUGGAACUGUCCAUCAUCAUCGACCAGGCCGAGCCACGCAGGACGGGGGGCCGCAAGAGCUCGCUGCUGGCUUGGGAGAGCGGUCUAGAAGACGUGGCGGAGGACGAGGACGGUGAAGAGUGGGACCAGGAGGACCAGAGUGAGAUGGAGGGAACGGUGCUGGAGGGGAACAAGACCUUGGAGGACCAGCAGAAGUGGGACAAGGAGGCCGCCUUACGUUUAGUUGUGGAGGCUCAGAUUCGAGAAGAGAUCAGUGCAGAGUUCAAGGAGCUCUUCAUGAAGAUGGAGAAAGACUUCAGCGAGCGUCUGGAGAAAGAGCGGGAGAUCUUGGAGGAGCGUGCGGAGAAGAAGGUGCAGAUCCUGCAGAACCUGUCCAGCAAGACUUGGGACUUGUCCAGCAGUGAGUCCUCUUCUGAGUCACAUGACCUGGCUGCUGAUUGGCCCUUCAAGGAGGUGCUGGUGGGAAUCAUCGGCUCAGUGAGCCAAGACCUGGACCGGAUCAGAGCCGACGCAGAGACUGUGCACCGAUGUCUGAAGCUGGAGCAGCAGUCAUGUGACCUGCAGGCCAACAAGCACGUGCACGCCAGGACGUGUGAGAGGGAGAGUCUGGACCCUGAGCAGGAGGAGGAGGAGGAGGAGGAGGAGGGAGGAAGACACUGCACCAAAAGAGAAAAGCCCAGUCAGGAGAGCAGGGCGCAGUUGGAGGCGGAGCUAAAGCGCCAGCAGGAAGAAGUGCAGAAGUUGAAGAAGGAGGUGCAGAAGUUGACAGCCCAGGUGCACCAGUGUCCAAAGUGUGACUUGAAGCAGCAGGAAAGUUCCACGCUGAGCAAGGAGAAGAAAGCUUUGGUGCAGCAGGAAAACCAAGGAGUCGCCGGCAUGUCGGAGCAGCUGACCGCCACCAAGGCCCGCCUGCAGGACGCAGCAGUCAGGACCGGUCAGGAAGUCCAGGAGGAGGCCGGCGUGUUUCACGCCAACAUGGCCGAGCUGAGGAAGGAGAGCCAAGCGGCGCUGGAAAGAGCCGCCCACAAAUCUCAAGUGAUCCAAGAACUGCAGCGAGAAAAGAAGCGACUGGAAGGAGAACUGGCAUGCAGCGCUGACCACUGUGAGCGCCUCCUUCAGCAAGUGGCCAGGCAGAAAGCUGAGGAGCUGGACAUGGAAGCAGGAGGUCUGGCCAGGCAGAAAGCUGAGGAGCUGGACAUGGAAGCAGGAGGUCUGGCCAGGCAGAAAGCUGAGGAGCUGGACAUGGAAGCAGGAGGUCUGGCCAGGAAGAAAGCUGAGGAGCUGGACAUGGAAGCAGGAGGUCUGGCCAGGAAGCUGCAGAAGGAGGAGGCCAGAAGAUACCAGGACCAGAGACAGAUAGAAGAGCUGCAGCGUGUCCUGUGCCAGAAGGAUAAGCUCCUUGAAGAUCUUGUGAUACAGAAGGACACCAUGAGACAAGAACUCCAGCGUGUGAAGGAGGAGCUGCAGAGACAGGAGGCAGAGGAGCAGAAGGAGAAUGUGCAGCUAGGGCUGGGCGAUAUGGAGGAAAAGCUGAGGGCGGAGGAGAAGCAGGUGAGGAAGUGCAGACGGACACAGGAAGUGGAUCCAAGCAAAGAGCUCAAGGCUGCGACUGCACCCAUGGAGCAGGAAGUUGCCCCUUUUAGAAACAACACGGCCGACAUCAGGACAUGGAAAGACAAAAGUGCAGCCAGGAAGAGGAAGGGCAGUGAGGUGGAGGGGUUGGCAUCAAGUGACAACAAGCGUAAUGGGCUGAGGAAGAUGACACAGCAAACAUUGGACUCCUUCAAAGACGUGAUCUGCCAGUCUCAGUUGUCCUUGGAGUGCACAGCAGCACUCUUCUUGUCAGAGCAAACACACAAUGUCACCAUGGCAACCAAGGCCAAGAGAGGACGCAAGAAGCUGUACCAGGAUGCCAUGCUGCUCAUUUCUCCAAACAUGACGUGUGGGGGGUCAAGUGAGGCCAAGAAGACGUGUGGGGGGGCAGGUGAGGCCAAGGAGAGCGACCAUGUGAUCAUCAAGCGGCAACUACGCUCCAAGACCAGCAGGAAGUGACAUCAUCAGAGCUGCUGAGGAGUCUUUAAAGACUUUAAAUCUAUGCUUUUUAUUUUGUCCAUUGUUAUGUUUUUGUAGCUGGGGUUGGAAAGAACCCCAAACUUUUUCAGUGGGAGAAAAUAAAAGUGAUUAGU